UCUAGUUGAUACAUAUAUGAGAGUAGCCGGGCGCCGUGCUGCCAAACGCCCCCUUCAACUCACACCGUUCUGAUCACUAGCCGCACCUACACCAUGCCCAGUGAUCCUAAAUCUCGCCGCUUUCCCUCCUGGUUCAAGAAGCGCCAGCACCCUUCUCAGCCUCCUGAUAAUCGGUCGCAGGUCUCAACUCCACCCGCCUCCAACAACCAGAUCAUCGGGCCUGCCAUUGCACAUGACAGAAGGAACGACAACGACCAUAGUAGCCUCCGAGUCGCAGGACUGCAUUCUGGUGCCCUCGCUACUAUAACGCCCGCUCUUCUACUUCCGGGUGGCACCUUACAGAACGAUACCACGGAGCAACGGACAUCUUCUCGAGACAAGCUACCCAGGCUAUUUCAGAGAAAUCCCAGUCCCAGUCCCGCUCCCAGCCGUCGCAACCAAUCAAGCACAUCCCAAUCCAAACAAUUUAUGUCGACUGCUCUCGUUCAGACGCCCGCGAACGACUCGCGGCCGCCGCUGUCCCCUCCCACCGAAGUGAAUACCAAUUUCCCACCAAUGAUGGUCGGCAAUGCACUUGCCACCGGUAACCAUGACUCGAGCAUCCACACGCAACAAGAGUCUGGACCGUCAGUCCCAACUACUUCAUCGGUGCCAGCGGAAUCAGUGCCUCGUAGAUCCGAUGGCGAUCUGAAGAAAACGAUCAUCGGCACCACCAAACUACUUCUCGAAACUGCGGCCGCUGGUCUGAAGUUCGCGCCCAUCGCUCAUCUCGAUCAGAUCCCAAACACGCUCCUGAGAUGCAUUCAAAUCUAUGAGAAUGUCAUUGGCAACACCGAGGAGCUGAACCAGUUAUGCAUCGUAAUUCAGCAAGCACAGGAAUCGGUGGUUGAGCCCCUCCGAAAAUGGACUGGAGAAACUCCUCCUGAGCUAAAGUCCCUAGUGGAGGAAAUCUGCGUGUCUUUGCAAAAACAAAUGGAGAUCAUUGGAUCAGUCCAGAAACAACAUGUCGUCAAGAAGACCAUUCAGGCGUCCGACAUAACGCAGCAAAUAGCCAAUACCAAGAACUGUCUGAAUGAUGCCAUUCAUCGAUUCGAGCUGAGAUCAUGGACAUUAAUUCUGCUUCGUAUCGAGCAUUCAUCUGUUCAAUCUGAGCUAUCAAGACUCAAGAAAGUCCCAGCUGAGCACACGUGUGUGACCAGCAAAUCAGAGUGUCUUCCUGGGACGCAGGUGAAGAUACGAAAAUCCCUACUCAGGCACCUGAAGAAUACCGAGAGCCGAUUUGUUUGGUUGAGGGGCUCUCCUGGAACAGGGAAGACUGCAAUCUCUAUGAGUGUUGCAUCCACUCUUGAGAAGCAGGGUACUCUGGCAGCAUCAUACUUUUGGGAUAAGAAUCAGAGUGGAACGGGCUUGGAUUCAAUUGAACAGUUCCCCUCUACCCUUGCCCACCAACUUGCAUCCUUCAAUGAGGACUUCAAAUUGUCGCUCGUGAGAUGCCUUCGGAAACCAGCUUUGGCCUCAGUUCAGAAUUUUCCUCUGGAGAAACAAAUGAGGACUCUGGUGAUUGAGCCGGUGUGUGAGUUGAAGGAUAUAUGGUCUUUGGGCAAGGAUCGUGUUGUCAUCAUCUUGGAUGGCCUUGAUGAGUGUGGGAAUCAGGAGACACUCAAAUCCUUGAUGAUGCUAGUUCUUACCCUUCAGGAGCUGCCACCAGCAUUUGCUGUACUAGUCAGCUGUCGCCCUGAGCCAGGAGUCAUUUCAGCUUGGUCUAAGGCUCAAACCAAGGGUUUUAUCAUACCAUGUGAAGACAUGGACAACAUUGUGUUGGAUGCAGCUUUCUCCACAGUGCGGUGUAUGGUGGUGGAUGGGCUUCAAGACCUCAUUAGUGAAUCUCCAUGGAAACCAAAAGAGGGGGAACUCACUGAUUUUGCUCGGGCUUGUCAAGGGUUGCCUGUUAUGGCAUCUAUCCGGGUUCGCGAUGUCAGCCUGCAGACACGACGUGGCCGCACCUUACAGUCAGUGUUCCAGGAGUUGCUAAACCUCACCAAUGCACCUGCCAACCUCAACUGGGAGUACUUGCGAAUUCUUCGACAGGCCUACAUGCUGGAUUCAUCUGAUAUUCACCCAGAUGUAGCCAAGAAGUACCGCCUAGUGGUGGGCACAAUUGUUGUGGCAUGUGUGCCAAUGAACAUUCCCUUUAUGUCACAGCUUUUCAAGCUUGCCAAAGAUGAGAUCUGUGCAACAUUGGAACCAAUCAGCUCCAUUGUCAAUCAUCCCUUAGGGGAUGCUGAUUUUGUCACCUUAUAUCAUGCAACAGCAAAAGAAUUCAUCCUGGGAGAACCAAUUGGCAAUGAGAAGGACCAAGUAUUCUUCAUUGAUGAUGUGAAAGGGUAUUUCAUUGGAUUGCCACUCCUUCAACUCUUCAACAAUCAUUGUGAGCAGGAUGGAUUUGGAGUACCUAUGGAUCCCCCUUUAGGAGAUAAAAGAAUAUGGAGGGAAUUUAUGGUGAAAAAAGUCCAAUGAAUUGCAGAACGAGUUUAAUUCCUUCAUCACACAAAAGCACAUCUUGACUUUCAUGCACCUGCAACACCAUUUGACAAUGGGACUAUCUCUCUCAUUUCCUCACAAAUUUCUUCAAUCUAAUAAUCACAACUUAAUCCAACUCCUAAGAGGUUUGGAUAAGUUAGCUCUCACUGCUGCAAGGGCACCAUGGCAUCUGUAUC